CCCAUAAUGCUCCAUUCUAAUUAGAUGCAAAAGAACCGAGUGAUUAGGCCUAAAUCAUGCAUCAUAUUAUACUGAUUUGGCAAAAUUUGGUGUCCACCAUUUAGCAGUCAACCCGUCCGAAACAAAACAAGGGCAGUCCCAGACCUUGUUUAUCACCGUGUCUCUCUAAUAAACCAAGAAAACAAGCAAAUCUUAGUUCCAACAUUAAAAAGAUCAUAUUUUUUAAGAAAGAUUGGUCUAGGUUGUGGGUUUGUUGAGUUUUUAGGAAAUAAUUGAAGAAUUCUGGAGGAAUUAACAGAAAGAGCAGUGUUGAUGGAUUUGCAAAAGGAGCAAGAAAGAGAAAGGCGUCGAUUACGGGACAGGCAAAGAAGGCAAGCAAUGAGUGUUGAAGAGAGGGAAAAACAUCUUGCGAGACGACGUAGAAACUAUCAGUUGCGGAGACAAAGAGCGCGAAAUGUGAGAGACCCUCAGCUCAGUCAGGCCAGUCUGGUGGAUAGUGACGAAAUGCUUAUGCUCCCCAGUAACGGGAAUAAUCAAGCAGUAAUCUCUGUUCCUGCCCAGUCUAAUGGAAUUUCUGAUGUCGAUUGGGAUCAAAGACAAGGACGUGUAAAUGUAGGCAAUGCAAAUUCUGUGGCAGGUUUGGAAAUUCCAGCACAUAAGUUAGCUAAAUUACCUAUAAGGUCACGUCUAAACCAUAUAAAGCACCUUGCUCGGUCACUGGCUGAUACUCUGGAUAUUGGUGAUAGUCACAAAAUUACAGCAGAUUUGACGAUGACUGGAGACGCAACUUUCAACUGCACACCACCAAAACCAUUACGAUUGAAUCGUGUUAAGCAUCUUGCACGGGUAUUAAGCUCUGAUGUAACACCGACAACUGUCCCAGAUCGCAACGGUGAAACAAAGGUGGAACAGAAUCUGUCAAGUGGAGAACAUCUGAUGAGUAUAAAUCUGCCUAAAGUUGUUCAGACUAUCAACUUUAGUGGUGGAGAUGAAUGAUUGUGCUCCACUGGUAACGAUCAUGAAUAAUUUUACAUGGUACUUGCUGGUUAGGGCACACUUUUCAUAUACAAGAGAACCAUGGCUGGAGAUUUAAUGAGUUUUUUCCUGUUUAUUUCACUGUCCUUCCCCCCUGGGGAAUUGAAGAAGGAAGCUUUUUCUCAGACACAUACAAGGGAUGGAAUUUUCCAAGCUCCUUUAAGUUUUUCAAAUCGAAUAUAAUGUGAGGUAGAUAAGUUACUAAUCUUUCAUAGUACUUGCCUUGUUUUCUUGAUGUAACUAAUUCAUAGAACAAAUAGUUUGCUUUUAUUAUGCAUUUAUUCUUUGUAAUACAAUCCAUAUGCUAUCAUGUGUCUGCUGUCUCUUAUUUAUAAUCAUUUGGAUCUGAGAAACUUUCUGUGGAUAAUUGCUACAAUUUCUUCUGGAAAGUUUGCUUGCAGCGUGUUCCCUAAUUUAACUGGUUUAGUAAUUUAUGUUAUAUAUUUUUUACAAGUUCUGGUGAAUGCUGAAUAAACAGGAUGGUGAAGAGUUUGUAGUAGUUUUCUAGGUAGCAAACAAGAUCUCAUACUUUUACUUCACGCACAUGUAAACUGCCCUUUAUGAAAAUGUUUCGAGCAUAUAUUAUGAGUGCCCUAACCGACAUAUGAUGCUGUCAUUUUAUACAUGUCAGCACAAAGAACAAGGGUUGAGCUUAUGUGAGGGAUGAGAAGGAUUAAGUAGCCGGUUCAAAUAUUAAAGGUCAAGGGAUGGCUGCUCGAGGACAGAACAAGCAGAGGAUGCUACAGAAAAAACAUUGUACAUAUUGAAUUGGACAAGGUGAAUUUAGAUUAGAGGAUAGUUUGAAGCCUACAACUGGAAGCUUGGAGUGCAUUUUUUUUUUCUGUUUUUCGUCGAGGAUGUUUAAAAAGAAAAGGAGUUGUAGAAGCCUUAAACACCAUCUUCGUCCAUUUUUUAUGUAAUGAGGUUUGCUUGGCAAAUCCAUUAUUCGGGUUGCAUUGAUUCUUUUAAGAAAGCUUUGUUGUUUUGUAGUU